AUGCGAGUCCUCUUCCUGCUCGUCGCAUCCCUCACCGCCAUCGUCCUCAAGUCCAAGGACAAAUCCAAGGCGAAAAAGCGUCGCCAAGAAAACGACGAGUUCCCCGAGCGAGAUCAUCAGCCGGUCGACUACGCCCCCGACACAAGCAGCUGGAACGACAAAGCCUUUGUCCUCUACAUACUCGUUCGUCAUGGCCUUGCCGGGCUUUUAGGCUGGUGCUAUCUUUUCGCCUUCUGCACCCUGCGGCUUGUUGGCGGAGCCAUGUCGAUGCAAACAGAUAAUGGUUCGGGUAACAUCAUAUCCAAUGUCGGCCUGUCUCCUUUGCUCCUUGCUGCAUCUGGCAUCCUACACGAGUCGAGAAUUUAUCGCCUAUCUCCCCUGAACAAGGUCCUGGAAUGGACCAUUGUCGCACUUUUCCAUGUUAUCGUUGCUACCGGGGUGGCUUUACUCGGUGUAGGGGCUUCUGCCCUGCAGAAUGCCAAUCCAAAGCCGAGCGAUCUGCAACUGGUUGAGAUCGGCAUUGGCAUACUGACCGCUUCCUGGGCCAUCCUUUGCGUCUGGACCGCAGCAACUCUGUUCAAGGGUCGCAGAUCUAGCAGCCGCAACGCCAUUGUCUUUGGGCAUGGUACAACUCUUCUGAUGGCCGUCAUCCUUGCUCUUCCGUUCAUCGGCAUCCGUGUUCUCUACAGCCUGGUCGCGCUCUGCACCCGCAAAGCUUACCUCAACCCUGUCACUGGCUCUCUGACAGUCCGCAUCUUGCUGAGCUUUCUUCCGGAAUUAAUCACAACCCUGCUAUUCAUAGCGGCCGGCAUCCGAACCGAUCAAGUUGCAAGAGCUGCCCGUGCCCACGAUCGACAAGACACGAGGCGCCAGCGCGGAACAAAGCAUAUCGCUCCGGAGGAGUUUGCCAGGUGA